GCUUGCUGUCAUGGCAACCAUCAAGCCGAGCGUGUUGUGAGAAAUGUGUACAAGUUGAAUACGGGUUGCUCGUCCAGAACAGGUGAUUUCAUGAUGCUGACCUCUAAAAUUCAAGCUUCCCACUCAGCUUUGCAAAGCUUGCCUCUGAACAUGCCAGAAAGAGUCAAGACUAAAGUAGUAGCACCAAGAAAUCCCAAGCUGGUUAAACGGGAGGACAAAGUCAGAAAGCUGUCUCCAUCUGUAUAUGCACGUGAAAUGUCUCAGACUACAGAGGAGAGAUUAACUAACACGUAUAAGAUGUACCCGCCUCGCAUCCUGGAGCUUUUGGACAUGACUGAGACCACACACCACAAGUUUUCUGCUGUAGAUGUGGACCAGCCUUUUUUCCAGCCUUACCCGUCUGAGAUUGUGUUUCAGAACUACCUGCCCUCUGAGAUGUAUGAAGUGCCGCUGGUGUUACGCAAUAAUGACAAGAUCCCUCGCCUGGUGAAGGUGGUUGAAGAUGACUCCCUUUAUUUCAAAGUGGUGAGCCCAGUAGAUGUAUGCAACAAAGUGGCCCCGGGCAUGGCAUCCACUUUUACAGUUCUGUUCACCCCACAGGAGAACAAGGACUAUGUCCACCGGAUAAUCUGUAUGACUGAGAGGGAGAAGUUUGAGGUGCCCAUCCGGGCAAUAGGGCCACGCGCCAUCCUGGACUUUCCAGAUGAGCUGCACUUUUCUCUGUGUCCUGUCAAGUGUUUAUCUCAGAAAACCCUCCUGGUACGAAAUAUUGGAAAAGGCGAGGCCAAAUUUCAGCUCAGCACACAGAACCCAUUUUCUGUAGAACCUUCAGUAGGGACCCUUAGUGUUGGAGAGAGCAUGCAGGUGACUGUUGAUUUUCUACCCAGAACUACAGGAGACCACAGCCAACAACUACUUCUCCACUACCACACAGGAGAAGACAUUUACAUCAGUUUGUAUGGAGCCGCCACAGAUAUCAAUGUGAGGCUGGAUAAGAACUCACUAUGGGUGGAGAAGACCUAUAUCACCAUGGCCAACCAGCGCACAGUGGCUAUCCUGAACAGAAGUGACUCCAUAGUGCAUUUCCAGUGGAAGAGCUUUGCCACUGAGAUGGAGGAGGAACAGCAUAGACUAAGGUUCUUUUCUGAGCUGCAGCAGGAGCAGGAUGAUGAGAUGGAACAGUUUUUAACAGAGUGUGGCGCUGACCCCACUCUCCGAGACCGCCUCUCAGUGCUCUCACGCACCUUCCAGCAUAGACGCAAGCAGCUUCAUCAGGACAGCCUGGCUUUCAGUGACCAACACAUCAUCAUGGAGCCGCAGGAGGGGGACAUCUGGCCAAACCGCACAGCUGAAAUCAGCAUCAUCUUUAAACCCCAAGAAGCCAAACUUUACCAGCACACCGUAUACUGUGAUGUCACAGGCAGAGAGUCUCGUUUGCCACUGCGUAUAAAGGGAGAAGGAAUGGGGCCCAAACUGCUGUUUAACUUUCAUCUGCUGGACAUUGGCAACAUUUUUGUUGGCUCCAAGCACAGCUAUGAGGUGCUUCUGAGCAAUAAGGGACUUAUAGAUGCCCCCUAUAGGCUUAUGCCUCCCACUACAGCUAUGGGCCUGUGCUUUUCCUUCAGCCCUCCUGAGGGCAUGGUGCCGCCUGGAGCCUGCCAUGUUAUGGAGGUCCGCUUCUCCUCUGACAAAUUGGGCACCUUCUCCGAGGAGUUUUAUUUUACUGUUUUGGGGAAUCCCCAGCCUCUCAUCCUCACAUUCAGGGGGUGUGUAAUGGGCCCGACGUUUCAUUUUAACAUUCCUGAGCUCGACUUUGGAGAGGUGUCCUUUGGCUUUCCUCACACACUGACCUGCUCACUUAGCAAUACCUCAUUGGUAUCUAUGAAUUUUGGCCUGCGGAUCCCUGGAGAUGGGAUGGGGAGGGACAGUGUGACCAGUACAGAGCAGGUAACAGAGCUGGACAGGAAUGACUGGAAGCCAGGAGACAGGGCAUCUGAGAGGCCUCGAGAAUUCAGAGUGACACCCAGUUCAGGAACCAUCCGGGCUCAGAGCCAAAUGGACAUCAAGGUGACCUUGUGCUCCAAUACAGUGCAGCAGUACAGUCUGGCACUGGUGGUGGAUGUGCAUGGAGUUGGGGAGGAGGUGUUAGCUCUCCCAAUUAAGGCUAGCUGUGUUGUUCCUGAAGUGCACCUGGAGAGUUCUGUGCUUCAGUUCCAGCACUGCUUCCUGGGUUACCCUUAUGAGCAGACCAUCGGGCUGAUUAAUGACACAAACCUCCCUGCAUGCUAUGGCCUUCUAGCCCAGGAGUAUGAGGAGAACCCAUCUCUACUGUACUCUACUGCUCAUCCACGAGGAGUAAUCCAGCCAUACAGUACUGAGCAGAUUCCUCUGGUUCUACAGGCUAAAACAGUGGGCCAAGUGCAACUCACUGCUCUCGUUGCAAUUUUAGGUCAACGAGAUCCUCCGCUGGAAUUGCUCCUGUCCUGCAUUGGCCAGGGUCCAGCUGUCUCCCUCUCUGCCACUGAGCUACACUUUGGCACCAUUCCAGUGCUCAUUGACAUCCCAAGGACGCUGCAGUUGUUCAACCAGUCCCCCAUCCCAGCCCGAUUCUUGGCACAAAUGGCUAAGAGUAACACUCAGUGGCGGGUGGAGCCAGCAGAAGGAGAGAUCCCCCCAGAGGGGCAGCUAGAACUGACACUGGUGGCCCAUCUAGAUGAUGCUCUACCCUUCCAGGACAAAUUGCAGCUGGCCAUCCAUGGCAGCCAAACCCACAUAGUACCCUUGUGGGCCAUGGGGAAGGGCACCACCAUAGUCACUGACCGGCCCUUUGCUCCCAAUCUGGACCUUGGAACCCACUUUAGCUCAGGUCCAUGCCAGUAUCACUUUAGGAUCACCAACAGAGGUCAGCGAUUUCACAAGCUUUACUGGACCACUGAAGGUUUUCCCCACUUCCGCCGCAGAGGUCCACCAACUACAAAACACCAACCACUCACUAUCUCCAGAGAAGGCAAAGCCAGGAGUCCACUGGCACCUUCGACUUUGGAUGCUCCUGUCUUCUCCCUGACACCCAUACGGUUGGAGCUUGGUCCAGGUCACUCAGCCGACAUGCUGCUGGAAGGCUCCUGUGAUAUGCCCAAAGUGGUAAGAGAAAGGCUGGUAUGCCAUGCCAUCGUGGGGAAUCAGAAUGGGAAGGAGCGUAUCAUGACAGUGGAUAUCACAUGUCAAUUCAUUGCCCCAGUCUUGAAUAUCUCCCCUCAGAAGCUCAACUUCCGUGUAGAAAAGGUUCAAGGCACGCCCCUUGUGCCUCUGUAUGAGAGGCUUUAUCUGAAGAAUGUCUCCACAUUGGCGCUCUCUCUGGAGCUCACCCUGGCUGAGCCUUUUGGGCUUUGUGACUGUACCAGUGAUGACUCAUUCACCUCCUCAAAGAGUCUCGUGAUGGGUAUUGGUGCUGAAGCAGAGCUGUGGGUGCGCUUUGACCCUUUGUACCAGCAGGAUUUAGUGAGCCGUGUGGCUGAGGAAGUACUGGAAGUGAGCUACAGUGGGCAUCCUCAGCGGGACACUGUGGCUCUGCGAGGAGAGGUGCACUUUCCCAACCUGCACUUCUCCAGCCAUGUGUUGGACUUUGGCUGCAUCCUCAACUGCACAGAGGUCCAGCAGCAGCUUACCAUGACAAAUUCCAGCCCACUCCCCGUCAUCUACCACUGGGCUUUUCUGCUGGACCAACAGCAUUACCACAUCUGGCAGAGCAGGAUCUCUAAACCUCAGAAAGAAGAAGAGGGGGUCAGUAAGAAGAUAAACCCAAAUUCUGUUACUAAAGAUGGAAGAGGAUCAAAAGAGCAACUGUCAACUUCUGGGCUGAACAUUCUUGGACCAGAGGGGCCACUUACUUGCAGCACUACUCCACAGGGACAGGACAGUAGAGCAUCUACAGCACAGAAGGCCACAGGGUUAGAGCUGGCAUGCAGCACAGACAGCCUGACAGAUAGAGAGAUGCCAAGUAUAAGUGUGGAACAGAUAUUUGACAUUAUGCCAAUUUAUGGAGUUCUGCAGCCUGGUGAGAUUCAGCAGGUGACAUUCUCAUUCUUUGGCCAUGCUGACAUUAGUGCUCAAGUGCUGGCAGUGUGUGUGGUGGAGGAAGGCCCAACAUACGAGAUUGCCCUCAAAGGAGAAGCUUCACUGAUUACCUACACCCUGGACACAACUGAGAUCAACUUUGGUCCUCAGUUAUUUGACCAUGUGGCAGAAGCAGAGAUCAUUCUGAGAAACACAGGAAAGGUGGGCUUUGACUUCAGUUUUCUCCUGGAAGAUCAGCAUGUGUCCCCUAAAGACAUCUUACCUGGACAACCCCUUGUUAUUCCCAGCAUGGGCCACGUAAGGGCGAAUGAGGAGAUGAGAGCUGCUGUGUACUACCUUCCUGGAAUCCCAGAAGUUUUUAAGAAGAUAUUCCAACUACAGGUGGCCUUCUUUGAGCCAGAAAGCAUUACAAUGAGGGGAGAGGGCAUCUUUCCUAGAGUGUGCCUGGACCUGCCCAGAGACCUAAAUGAAGAACAAUAUCGUUCAGUGCUGAAGGAGGCAAAGGAGGCAGUUGAGAGUGAACCUCAAAGAGAGGAUAUGCUAAGCAGACCUGGUACAGGGUUUGGUGAACUGUGUGAAGAGGACUACGUUCCCACAUAUGAUGCUCUGCUGCAAAUGGAAGUUGAGAGGCUCCUAGUCAAGGAAAACUCUAUAGCCACUGAGAAAUCCCAAAGAGAGUCCGUGCAAAGUGAAACACCAGGAUCCAUUUCUAGCAUGUGGCGCAAAAAGCUCAGCAGGUUUAUUUUGCCUGAGUACAUUCUGGACUUUGGUUAUGUGAUUCACGGCACUGUCUCUACUCACAUUGUCAAAGUGACAAACACUGGGCCUAUCCCAGUGUCCUUCAGAGCUGAACGACGUUCUCUCACAGGCACAGGAUUUAGCACAGAGUUGGACAGGGUGAAGAAUCUACCCUACUGUGAGACAGAGACAUUUGAGGUGAAGUUUGAUCCACGAGGAGCAAAUCUAGAGCUUGGGGAGAUGAGCGCUGUCUUGCCUGUACAGGUGUUGGGGGGUCCUACAGUUCAGGUCCGUCUAUCUGCGGUGGUCAUGAUGCCCUCCUUGACCGCCUCCACUAACAUGUUACAGUUUGAUAGUGUUCACUGUGGCAUGUGCAAAGUAGCUACAGUGCAGCUGCACAACCCUGAGCCAGUGCCCUGCAAGUGGAGCAUCAGAAAGGAGGAGCAGCCCAAGAAGAACGUAAAGCCUGAGAAGCACAUUCCAUUUCACCUGAGACAGGAGGCUCGUUUAGAGAAACUGACUUCUCCACUUAUCUUUGAGACGUUGCCAUCCAGUGGUAUGCUGUAUCCUGGUGAUAGAGUCAACAUCCAGGUCAAAUUCAGUCCAGCUGAAGGGAGGAUGUACAGAGAGAGGCUGGUGAUAUCAGUGGCCCAGAGCACCCAACGGAUCCUACUGUUAGUCCAGGGUCAGGGAUUAGAGCCACAGCUGGAGUUUUCUACCUCAGAAAUCGAGCUGGGGCCUGUGCUGCCCUACAGCAAUGGAGAGGAGGUUGAGGUGCUGGUCCACAACCCCUGCCCUUUCCCCAUUGAGUUCUACUCCCGGGACUUUGACAGGCAGUACCUGGAGGAAGAGAAGAUCCUGCGGUUGAUGAAAGGAUAUGAUGCGCAUAAUAUAUUGCUGCUGCCCCCUAGAGCUCCGGGCGAGCUUCUGCCUGCUGAGCUCCUGGACUACUACCAAGACCACAGGUCCCGGAAUCCUGAACCAGCAUCCAACACUGGUUCGCGUAAAGAUGCAGAGUCUUCUGAUGCCAGGGAGAAGGAGAAGGGUGCAGGGCGAGUGGAUAACUUAUCAAAUGCUCCAGCUGAAGAGAGCCCCCUGGAGGGGGCUGAGCCAGAUGCCAUAUCUGUACUAUCCAAAUAUGGGACAUCGAUGGGUGCAGGUGUGGUCAAAGACAACAUCAGGACCAGCAGGAUGGGUGAUCUGGAGGUGAACCCUGUUUCUAGAGCUAUUGCUCACUACAUGGGCAUUGAUUUGUCACAAGCAGGCCAAGCUGUUCAAAAUUGCAGAGGCAUUGCCAUUGUAGUGCAUGGCGCUCCACUCUCAGGUAAGACAGCUUUGGCAGUGAGCUUGGCGAGGUACUACGGUGCUGCGUGUCUGAACAUAGACUCAGUGGUGCAAGAGGCUGUGUCAUCUGGAACCAGCACAGCAAGCAAGCAAGCCAGAGAGCUUUUUGGAGCUGCCAUGGCAUCUGUGCCAGGCACAGCAGAACAUAUUGCCCCAGCUAUGUUAGAUGUGAUGACUGAGGCUAGUCAGGCUGCAGGCAUUCUCAGUGUUGAGGCAUUAGCCAAGCACACUGCUGAGGGUGUUCAGGACACUGACUCCAAAGCCCCCACAUCCACUAUCUCAACAAACAACAAGACCAGCACCAUGGGAGCAAAGAAAAAUGAUGGCUCCAAUCCCACUGCUUCAAUGGCUGGUCCGACUGACAGGCUCCCUAGUGAGAGUGUGAGUCAGGUGGGUGAGCUGGGAAGCAUGAACAGUUUACUGCCUGAUGAUCUCCUGGUAGAGAUACUGUCAGAGAGACUACAGCUUAGCGACUGCAACCGAGGUGUCGUGAUUGAUGGCUUGGAGACACUGUACUGCCGCUUUCCAAGCGCUGCGCUCCAUGUCAUCAUCAAAGCCUUCAGCAACCGCCAGCACAUCUAUGUUAUCAACCUCACUGACAGUUACUUUGAAUUCAAAUCCAGAGAGAGGGCUCAACUGGAAAUGACGGAGGCCUUACAAAGGGAACAGACAGAAAGAGAAAAGCUGCGUGUGCAGGAGAUGGAUGAGGAUGGGUAUGAUGCCCUAUGUGAGGAAGAGAAAGCAUAUGCAGACCUUCAGCAUUUGGAGAUGCUAAAGGAACAUAUAUACAGCAAGCAAGAGAGGGAGCAGGAGAAGAGGCAGCAAGAGGAGAAGCUCAGAGAGGAGGAGGACAUGAAGAAAAAAAACAAGAGAGGAAAAAAGGAAGUACUUACAGAAGAUUUAACAGAAAGGAGAAGUCAGCUGGGAGUUGCUCAGUCUGAUUUAGCACUGCACUCUGACACUGGACUGGAACAGCACCCUAAAGGGGGUAGAAAGAUGUCUUCCUGCACAGAAGCCAAAGACUCACUUUUAGAGGGUGCCAGAGAACUUGAUGAAGAAGGCAAAAAGAAAGAAAAAGAUGGCAAAGACAGCAAGCCAACUGGCCAAGAUAAUUCUUUACUGCCACUGGAUGAACUGGAGAAAGAGCUGAUAACUGAGGCCGAGAGGCAGCUGUUUUCUCGCUUCCGUCUGUACGAGCAGAGCCAGCCACAGAUCCAACACAUACUGCAGAACUGGGAUAGGACUCAGGGCCUCCUGCUGAAUUCUCUUCCUUCAGAGGAGCCUGAGGAAGCCCCAGAACACCAUAAGCUACCCAGCAAGAGGGCCAAGAAGGUGCGGGAGAAGGAGAGGAUGAAAAUGGACGCUGUUGAUUCUAAGCUGCUGUCUCCAACCCCCAGCCAGACUCACCUGUUGCCCAAUGGCACAGAGGGCUCAGAGAAUGAGCUGGCGAUAGAGUUCAUCCCCCACAUCUGCAUCUCUAUCAGCAAAAAAGAGGAGGCAAGCAUAGGCAUGCUUCUCGACAGCAUGAAACUGCCAUCACUGGAUGAGGUUUUGGAUGGGUUAGGGCUUGGACCUAAAGGUCCACCCAUUCCUCCUCCCAUGCUGUUCUCAGUAGUCCCAUACCCCAAAAAGAGAGUAGUGUCCAGUUCCCAUAUUACUCCUGGCUGCUUCACCUUCUUGAUGCCCUCGUCUCUGGAAGACUCAGCCGAGGAGAAGCGGGAGGUUGACUUGGAGACAGAAGCCUUAAGCCCCACUGUGUCUGCAAAGGAGGAUGUUACAACCCUGAGCAAAGGCAAAGGGAAGAAGGCCGCAGUGAAAGAGGAUUCAGCCAAGGAGACCCCAAAAGACAAGCGGCGAUUUCCUGCAAAAAAAGGAAGCAAGAGCAUAGACUCUCAUUCACCUCCAAUGAACACGGUCACCCCCUUAUCUGAAACUGACCACAGCAAGUCUCUGGAAGAUUGUCUCACAGAGCACAGCCAGAGGCUAACUCAUUUCCGCUGGGUCGUGCCAGCAAAUGGAAGAGUGACCCUGAAACUGUGGUUCCACUCAUCUGUGCCUGGUGAUUUUAAACAGACUCUGGGGUUUGAAGUGAUGGGGACCAAGCGCUGCUAUCAGCUCUACUGCAGAGGCAUCUGUGCCUUCCCAUCCAUCAGCAAAGACCAUAAGACAGUGUUUGCCUACUGUAAAAAGGCCAUGAAGAAAGAGAAUGGCUUACAGAAGACAUACAUCAUCCGCUCAGGCCUGUAUGACUUCGGGCCCUUGCUUUGUGGAAGAACUAGAGACAGGUACAAGGAAAAGAAGUGCCCAGAAAACACAGAAAGACUAGUAAUACAUAACAACUCCCCCAUGGAGGCAGAGGUUCAUUUCUGCCUCCACCGGGACACCAAAUCCACCACAUUUAUCCUGGACCCUCUGAACAUGGUUCUUAAACCCAAUGAGAGAAAGGAGCUCAGAGUUUGGGCAUACCCCACCACUCCAGGUCUUAUAGAAGAUAGUGUGGUGUGCUGUAUUAAGGAGAACCCAGAACCUGCCAUCUUCUACAUCUCUUGCAAAGGAGUCCGGCCAGAGCUGGAAGUGGAGCGCAAGCAACUUAAUUUUGAUAAGAUUUUCUUGGACAGGAGGGAGACACGCAGUCUGUGCUUGCGUAAUCCCACUGCACUGCCAGUCGCCUGGAGGCUGAGUGGCCUUGAGGGGUUGGGUGAGGAGUUCAGCAUCUCCCAGGACCAUGGCAUCAUCAUGGCGCACUCUGAGUUCUCCUUGCUCAUGCAUUUCCAAGCCAUAAAACCUAUUAGCCUGAAGAAAACUUUAAGAUUGGAGGUGUUAGAUGUGGAGAAUAUUCUUGGUGUUGUCCAUACAGAGAACAUUAAUAUUGUGGCAGAGGCUUAUGAUGUGGCCCUGGAAAUAACGUUUCCCAAAGGUACAGACAAUAGUCUGGACUUUGGCAUAAUCAAAGUAUCAGAAGAAGUGAAGCUAUCUGUUAACUUGAAAAACAAGGGCAAACAUGAUAUUGCCUACAAGUUCAUCCUGGAGCCUACUGAGCCUGGAAUUCCUAACCUCAACUCAGUCUUCAUUAUUACACCUCAAAAAGGCUCUCUUCAUCCCACUGACCGGCCUACAUGUGUCCAAGUCAUCUUCUGCUGCAACAAGGAGGUGUCUAUCAGACAACAGCCAAUUUUACACUGUCAGGUCAUUGAGCCAAAUAUUGAAGAAGAUAAAGAAACCAUUAAGGUCAUACCCAUCAAAGUGUCUGUGCAGUGUCUCUAUUCCAAGUACAAUAUCCACCCUGCAAAUGACAUCAACUUUGGCUCAGUAGUCCAUGGUUCCCGCAACACACAGACAAUUACUGUGGAGAAUAGGGGUGAAUUUGAUAUCUGUUUCACCAUCUCCAGAAUGUUUAAAGAUCUCCCAGUGUCUGAACAGAAGAGAGGUAUAGGCAAGAGAUCUUCCAGAGAGAGUUACUCUGCAAGACGAUUAUCUUCUGCCAUUAAACUACGCUAUUCUGACUCUAUCCAGAAGGACACUAUUAGGGAUACCAUACCGUCUCAGACACGUUUGUCUAUGGGGUUGUUCUCCUUGUCUCCAUGCUUUGGCAUCCUUCCACCUGGUGCCCAGCAGGUAGUAACUGUGGACUGUGUGGCAGAGCAGGUAGGCUGCUGGGAGGAGUGCGUGGUGGUGGACAUCACUGAUCGAGACCCUUCUGACAGACCAGGAGGGAUUCUCUACAAGGUGCUAGCAGAGGUCUGCAUGCCAGGAAUAGCCCAUGAAGAUAUUGCUUCCAUCUUUGAAGAACACAGAUUGUGCAAGAACAGUAACAUGUUACAAUGUGAGCAGUAUCAGGAGGCUAUGGGCAUCUAUAUCCAGGACGAGAACAAGUUUGUCUUCAACAAUGUGCUGGUCAGCCAGUCAGCCAAAGCCCGCUUCCGUCUUACCAACCCUGGCAAAAUACCCUGUAAACUUAGUUUGCAGGUGAAAACUGUCCUAAACAAGAUGUCCAUGCGUAGCUCUGAGGUGUUUGAGCUAAGCCCUACGCGGAUGAGUAUCCCCAGUCACUCACAUGCCUUUGCGACAAUUACCUUCACUCCCCAGAACAUGCAAACCUACCUUGGAGUAUUUGAAGCCUCUCUAGAAGGGGCUACAGGGAGCAAGGUGCUGGCGUUUGAUUUGGUGGGAGAGGGCAAUUUACCCUGUGUAACUAUCCUAAAACCAGUCCAGAGGACCAAACAUGGACAGCCAGUCCUGCAGUUCAAGCGGCUCCUUGUAGACAAGAGACAAAUCCUCCCUUUGGUCAUCAAGAACAUUAGCAACGUACCUGCACAGGUUAGCAUUGAUCUGCUUGACAAGAUGGGAGUCUUUGCUUUAAGGGCAGCUCCUGGCACUGUAUGCAGCCACAUCUCCUCUUCACACAUAGCAAGUGAGCCUGGAACAGAAGAAAGACAGAUGGCUUAUUUGGCCUCCCUGACUCUAAUGGCUGGACGGCAAGCAGAGUUUGAGGUGGAGUUUCAUCCUGAGGCACCUCAGAGUUUUGAGGCCACCAUGCAGCUGUUGGUAAAAGACAACCAGUAUGAAAAGACACUGAUACAGCUCCUAGGAGAGGGCUACCGUGACAUCAUCUCUUUGGACAAUAUCAGUAGCAAGGUUCCUCUGGACCAGGACAGCACGGAAGCCCCUACAUCCAGAUGUGAUAUUGUGCACUUCGGAGACUGUCAUGUGGGUCGUCUUUACCACAAGACUUUCACUAUGACCAACCACAGCAACUCAGUGGCUUUGCGCUUUCAGUGGCCUCAGGGUGAGCCACAUUUGCAUUUCUCACCUCAGGUGGGCCACCUCCAUGCCAGGUGCACCAAGGAGGUGACAGUAAGCUUCAGCUCAGAGCAGCCCAUAGUGCUGAAUGCACAGGUGAUGAAGUGUAAACUCUGCCAGAUAACCUUCCAGCAGCCUGUGGACCAAGUGCCAGACUGGGAUGACCGUCACCGGACUGUUAAGUGGGUGGAUGUGGAAAAGACACUCUCACCUCAGAGACCAUCCAAGAAAAAGGUGGUAGAGACUGAUCCAGAGCCUGUCCAUUCAGUGGUGGAAAACUCGUUUAGGGAGCUAGAACUGGGGAUUAGUGCCAUGUGCGAUUAUGCCCAGUUUGAGUGUGAUGCUGAACCCAUCCAUUUUAAAGACACUAUGCUCUUUCAGACUAGAGUCUUCCAAAUGCAGAUGGAAAACAAAGGCACUGUGGAGCUUGACUACUCCUGGCAGGUUAUGAUGGAGACCUUUGGGAAGACUCUGUGCUAUAAUCAUGAAGACAUGACCCCUACUUCUGCCAAGGGCAGUCAGACAGGGUUGAGGCCAGCCAGCAAUUUGAGGAGCUUGUCCACUCUGCUGUUAGGAGAUCCAGAGCUUCCUCCAUUCACUGUGGAGCCCAGUAUGGGGCUUAUCCUGCCUGGGACUAACCAGAUAUUUCAUAUCCGCUUCUCCCCUCUAGAAGUAGCCCACUAUGAGGCCAGGCUAGUCUGCAGCAUUCCCAAUCUGAAGGACAAGCAGGGUCCUGUAAUAGCAGUAAACGGACGCAGUAUGAUGCCUUACUGCCAUUUCCACCUGGAAGACUCGGGAUACCUCACUGAUAACAGACGGAAUGUUGAGCUCCCUGGCCCCCAAGGGUCCACACCAAGGGACACCCUGGAUCCCAACACCAAAGUUAUAGAAUUCACAUCCACAGGGGUCGGCACAUCCAUCUGCAGGACCUUCAGUGUUGUAAAUCCCACCAACAAGCCAUACUCAUUGUUGUGGAGAUGUGAAGACUCUGAGGUUAAACCCUUCACCUGCCUCACACCAAAGGACACUAUUCAGCCUGGCAAGAAAGUGGAGGUCUCAUUUAAAUACCAUGCCCAAGACCUGGAUUUGGUGGAAUCCUUCUGGACCUUCUUAAUCCCAGAGCACAAGUUCUCUGUGCCCUUCCUGCUGGUGGGAACAGCGAAAGAUCCAAUGGUGUACAUUGAUCAUGCUCAUCUUAAUCUUGGCAGUGUACUUAUUGGACAUGAGGCCCAUAAAACUGUGUAUGUGGUGAAUGGAGAAGACCAACCUUUCCAUUUUGCCAUCAAGGAGGUCUCUCGGCACUCAAAGUCUUUCAGAGAGAGUCUGAUACUGAAGCCCAUGCAAGGGACAAUACCUCCCAGAGACAAGUUCCCAGUGGCCAUAUCCUUCACACCCACACAGGAGGGUGUGGUGACAUUUAACCUACGCAUGGUGAUCAGAGGAAAAGUUCAGCCACUCAAUAUGAACGUGAAGGCGGAUGGCUAUAACAUGAAUGUCUCUGUCCAAUAUGAGAGUCCAGAAGGGGCCAUGACUGAACUCUCUGCUGCUGAUAGUCAUCUUGUGGACUUCAAACAGGUGGAGCUGAGUGGUAAGUCCACAUGUGCCUUUGUGGUGUCCAACCCGGGGAGGUUCAAUGUGGAUGUGCAGUAUGAGAUAACAGGGCCUGAAGAGCUGCACUGCCACCUGCAGGUGGAGCCCACAACAGCUGUGGUGCCAGUGGGAAAACAGAAUCGUUGCACUCUCAGCUUCUUCCCCCUGCAAAAGUGUGACCUCAAAGAUAUGGGCUUCUCAAUCAAGGUAAAGGAUGGCCCAGUUUUCCAUUGCACACUGCUGGGUUCUACCACCAGCCUGGGCCUGGAGUUUUCCUUCCUCAAGUACAACUUUGGAAAGACCUUCAUUUACUCUGCUGGCAUGGUGCCUGCCACAUGCACACUGCUCAUCAGCAACAAAGGGGAAAGAGGAAUCAGUGUAGUCUGUUUAUUCUCCAACACCCCUUUUCUGGAAGUGAGCUUCAUGCCCGAUGUGCUGCCCCCUAGUGGUAGCAUGGAGGUGCCUAUCACGUUCUACCCCCGGGAAGCAAUGCGCUACCACGAAAAGGUGGUCUUUGAGAUAAAUAAGUGUUCUAAGCAAGUAGUGGAGAUCAUGGGACAAGGAAUUGAGAUGAAGAUUGACGUAGAGGAUCCAAAAUUAAAGACUGUGAAGCUUGGAACUCUGCAGAUGGGCCAGAGGAGCAAGAAGCUCAUCCCCUUGAUCAACAACAGUCCAUCUUCCUUGACCUUCUCUCUCCUCUUCACACCCUUUGCACAGACUCUACUGAACUCUAAGGUCCUGUCAGUGAAUCCAAGUAGGGAGGUGACACUGAAGGGUGGAGGGGGAAGGUGUGUGGUGGAGGUGAUCUUCAGCCCUCAGCAGCGCAUGGCCCCUUUCAGCGAGGAGGUGCAGUUGAAGUGUUUGGGGACCAUGCGCCCCCUACUGGUACUGAAAGGCUGCUGCCAGGGUGUGGAGGUCACACUGGACCAGCACUACUUGUCCUUUGGAGCUGUGGCCCGGCACUGCCAAGCCACGCGCCAUAUUAUGCUGCAAAAUACAGGAGACAUUGGGGCUAGGUUCAAAUGGGAUGCAAAGGCUUUUGCUCCAGACUUCAGUAUCUGCCCUGCUGAAGGUUAUAUCUGUCCAGGAAUGGAGGUUCCUUUGGUGGUGACCUUUGCUCCUGAGGAGGUCAAGCAGGAUCUGUGCUAUGAUAACCUUUUCUGCUCUAUAGAGGGGGGCAAGCCUGUAACCCUCACCCUUGCUGGCUCCUGCAUUGCUCUCCCAGUUGCCAAUCAGGUGCUGAAUUUUGUGUGUCAGGUCCGUAGUCAGUGCACUCAAUCUGUGACUCUGUCUAAUAAUACUAACCAGCGCUGGCACCUGAAGCCUGUGAUUGAGGGUGAAUAUUGGAGCGCUUUACUAUCCCUUGUCAUUGAGCCCUACGAGCAAAAUAAAGCCUACGAGAUCACCUAUAUGCCCAUGGCCAUGACCACGGAUGGGAAAAAGCACCUGGGCUCCGUGUUUUUCUCUUUCCCUGAUGGCUCGGGCAUGCUGUACACCCUACAGGGCACGGCAGAGCCACCUAAAGCUGUGAGUACAAUCAGCCGUGAAGUACCUUGCAAGACAUCCUACACAGAGAUUGUACCUGUUAAUAACUGGUUGCCCAAACCUCAGAGAUUCCGUGCUAUAGUGGAGAUGAUUAAACCAGAACGCCCUGACAGCACGGUCUCACUGAAGGGGCUUGAUUAUGUGGAUGUGCCAGCUUUGACUAAACGAGACUACAAAAUCUCCUUCUUCAGUUACAAGGAGUGCCAAUAUAAUGCCAAACUGACCUUUAAAAAUGAGGCCACAGGGGAAUACCAGUUCUGCUACCUCAACUUCAAGGCCACACCUCCAGGAGUGAUCAGCACAAUUGAGAUGGUGACAGUGGUUAGGCAGAUGACUUCAGGCAGUGUGAACUUGGAAAAUCCUUUACCCAUGAACCUGUUGUUCACGACUGAGUGCCGCAGUACAGACAUCACUGUGCAACCUCAGUUCUCAGUGCCUGCACUAUCUACGGAAAUCUUCAGGUUUGAGUACCAGCCACUGCGUUCAGGUGAGACUACAGCACGGCUCAUGCUGUAUAACAAUGAACUGGGUUAUUUCCACUAUGAGCUUUUGCUCCGUGCACUUCCUGCUCCUCCUGAGAAACCACUUUACUUCAGAGCACCACUGGGCAGUGGGCAAUAUCUCACUGCCAAGUUCACCAGCUACUCCCGUGUUAAGACUGAGUACACCUGCAAGACAGACCGUCCGGACUUCAUUGCGGAAAAGAAUGUAAUGCCAGUGGCAGUGAGCUCCCAAGCAGGCACCGAUGUCAGUGUGGAGGUCUACUUUGAGCCCUGCCAAUUAGGUGAGGUGCGAGGCCUGUUGACCAUAUCAUCCACCACUGGAGGGGAUUAUGUGUUCCCUCUAUAUGGAACAUGCACACCUCCCAAAGCCCAGGGCCCUGUGGCCAUUCGUGCUGGAUCCAACGUCUCCAUCCCCUUCAAGAAUGUCUUCAUGGAGACCACGGCCUUUUCUUGCCAAGUGGACAACCCAGCCUUCACCAUCAAGGGCAUGGACACCAUUCGCUCAAAGAAGACUCACCAAAUCCUUGUGUGCUUCGACAGCCCACAGGCAGGCUCCAAGACCCCCUGCACAGGAAAACUUAUCAUCUCCAGUCCACGCACAGAGGGCCAUGGCCAGGGCCUCUCCUGGGUAUAUUAUCUGAAGGGCAUCUCCCCAGAGCAGCCUCAGAGGGAGAAGAUGUCAUAAAGUACUGCCAAGGUCCAAAGAACAAACCUUAUGCUUGUUUAUCUUAAAAAUCACCUACAACUGUAGUUUCCAAAUAAAUAAAUAUUUUAGCAAUGUUCACUUUUUUCCUUGUACAGUUGUUUCAAACCCAGACAAAACUAAAUAAUAAUUUUUACCUAAAGUAAUAUAAGCAUAAUUAGAUUUCAGUUACAAGAGCAUUUCAAAAGUAACUGUAGAAGUCUCAUGUAUAAGAUUUGUGUGUGUCUUUCUGCAUAAAUUAUUUGCUUUUACUGUAUAUGCAAUAUGAA